AUAAAUCUCACCCCAUUCUCCACUUAUCAUCUCCACGCCGCACUCAACACAAAAACCAAAACACUCCUAUCUUCUAAAUCUCUCUCCCCCCAUCUCUCUCUGUCUCUCUCUCAAAAUGAAUCGCAACACUCUCCUCCUCCUCACAUUCACCUGCAUUAUCGUCGCCGGCGUCGGAGCCCAAUCUCCCUCCGCUUCUCCCACCGCCACUCCAGCCACCCCUACUCCCACCGCCACCCCAGCCACCCCUACUCCCACCGCAUCUCCACCAACUGCCACUCCUCCCACUGUAGCUGCUCCUCAGGCCACUCCUCCAGUCAGUUCACCACCUCCGGCCACUCCUCCACCGGUGAGCUCACCACCUCCAGCUGUUCCUCCACCGGCUGCUACUCCCCCUCCUGCUGCUGCACCUGUCGCUGCUCCUCCCGCCGAUGUUCCCGCUGCGGCGCCUACCACCGUGCCUGCUUCUCCCUCUCCGGCGCCUAUGCUAGACAGUCCUCCGGCUCCUCCGAUGGGAUCUCCGGCGCCCAGUGCUGGUGAUGGAUCUCCCGCGGCCACUCCUUCUUCACCAGAUCAGAGCGGUGCCCAGAAUCUGAUGUCCAUGCACAAGACGAUCGGAAGCUUAGGCCUUGGAUUUGCUCUUCUAACUCUCCUGCACUAGAUUUUUUCAUUUCUGUAACCUCUACUUACGCCAUUUACUUGCUGCGUGGACAUAUCAUUUGUUAUUAUUACUCUAUCCCAUGCUAAGUCGGAAUUUUUUCUGACCAUCGGUAGUGGGAUUAUUACAUUCAGUUGAAUUCUUUUGGGAGGUUUUUGAGGGCAAGCUUAUGAUGUAUUAAGGAUAUUUCUUUUGAAUGAGAUUAUUGUACUUACCGCUUCCCAUUA